CUGGAAUACCACCGUGCAACAUCGUGUAGCUCGUGCGCCAACCGUUCUUCGCCAAACGGAGCUUACAUGCUGAGCCUAGACUCUUGACGUUUCUUCAGUAGAAGUGUCUGGUCGCUUGGCAUCGCCACCACUUUCUCGAUUUGUGAAGAAACGAGGUUCCGACGGGAAUCAGUUGCUUAAGUUGUCUGUCCUUGGCGAUUCUUGGAAGAGCUUCAGAGACUCCGUAAUCUGAGAGGUUGGAGUUUGUAUGCAAUUUGAUUCAGCUAUACGACGCUUCUUUCUAGAGUUUCACGGAUGUUACAUCUAUGGUCUGUCGAAUUGCAGUAUAUAAUGAACUGAGAUUUCGCUGAUCAUUGUUUGCCCCUACACGUUCUGCAUAGGCCAUACCAAAGUAUUACCCCUCGGGCGUUUUUCUGGGUAUACUACCACCAUGCGUUCUUCGUCUCUCAUUUUGUCCCUGGCAGCCACUGCAUUCGAGCUGGUGUCCGCCCACGGAUAUGUCGCAGGCGUAGAGGUCAACGGCGCCGACUGGACUGCUGGGGGUGACCCUGUCUGGUACUAUUACCCAGCCGGCAGUGCCCCCGUGACGGCGGGGUGGAAGGCUCUCAACCAAGACAACGGCUUCGUUUCUCCCGAUGCCUUUACCUCCAGCGACAUUGCCUGUCACAAGAGUGCAACAGCGGCCCAGUCGUACAUCAAUGCCAACGCCGGCGAUACUCUGACGUUCUUCUGGAAUACCUGGCCCGACACACACAAGGGACCCAUCAUCAACUACAUCGCACCUUGCAACGGUGAAUGCACCGCCGCCACAGCCGGAAGCCUUCAGUGGACCAAGAUCUCCCAGGGCGGUCUCAUCUCGGGCAGCGCUACGGGCACCUGGGUUACUGACGCGCUCAUCGCCAACAACUUCACCUCGGACGCCGUGAUCCCCGCCAAGCUCAAGGCGGGCAACUACGUGAUCCGACACGAGAUCAUCGCCCUCCACGGCGCCAGCAACGAUAAUGGUGCACAAAACUAUCCCCAAUGUCUCAACUUAAAGGUGGGGGGGAGCGGCACUGUAGCGCCGCCAACUGGCACACCUGGCACAAGCCUAUACACGCGGAGCGACCCGGGAAUAUUAUUUAACCUGUACACGAGCUUUACGAGCUAUCCUAUUCCUGGGCCGGCGCUUUGGACGGGCGCAAACUAGUUGAUAGUGCUUGCGCGAUGAGGAUAGUAUGUGGCGGGCUCUGUGUCUUUGUUGUUUCUUUCGGGUGAGAUACAAGGAAGGCCCUAUAGGAAAAAG